UGCUGCUUUUAAACCAAAUACUACAAGCUGGAUUGCAACCAGAGGAACCGAUGACUGACCCGAUGUCACUUCAGCAGAGGAGAACCUCAAAACCUUGUGGACGUGGUCUACUCUUCGCUCCGAGGGCUGCAAGUUGCAUUGGACCACUGAGAGUUGUUUCACAUCUGCUCUUUAACGGAAACUUUAAUUGGAAACGUAAGCAAUUGGGGAAGUCUUGUCAUCGGUUCGAUUUUGGUAUCGUACAUGUACAUGACAUGAACGUACCAAUAUUAGAAGACGGAUAUCAGGCAUUAUUACAAUUAGGGGAGCGCAGAAGAAGCGCACGGAGAACACGCACACGUGUGCCGCUUUGUGUUUUAUUUUCCUCUCUGCCCGCUGUUAUGGUUUGAACACUAUUACAUCUGAGGACACAGGCUGAAGGAUUCUGCAGCUUCUCACUUUUGGACAGGAUAAGCUCAGAGUUAACGUUAUGGUAAAGAUGCAGCGGAGGGAACUGUGGCAUCUGUGGCUGCUGAUCCUCACUGUGGUUUCGGUGUCAGUCAGCGGAUUUCCUACGAACCUAAAGAGGACUUUUGUCCGAGACAGAAACCCUACAGCGUCUGUUACUGAGGUGAUAGCAGAGCGUAGUCAUGCCGAUGAUCAUCAGACUCUCCAGGAGCUCCAGAAGGAGAACCUGCUGCAGACUGCAGGUCCGUCUUCCCCCAGGUCCAGAUACCGCUGGUCCCAGCACCGGCACCAGGGUGUCCUCCCCCCACCUGAACCCGAGGAAGACCCUGAGCUCUUCAUCCUGGACCUGAAGAACUUCCCAGAGCUGGCCAAUGCAGACAUGGGCUCACAGAACCCCAACAUCCAGGUGACCAUCGAGGUGGUAGACAACACACAGACGGAGGUGGAGAUGGACCUGGCCAAGGAGGGUCAGCGUAAUGACUGGUCAGUGUCAUCCUCAGAGUGGGCCAACAGUCACAAGAAACUGUUCUGGCCACUGUUCUGGGAGUACCCAGAGCAGGUGCAGAAUGGGUUGGGAAGAGCUAGUUUGGAGGAACAGUCUGAGGACUACAACUACGACCCAGAGGACCGCAUCCUGAGUGGAGUAGGGGGAGACUGGGGAGGUCACUGGAACAAGGACUGGGAUGUAAAGGAUAACUACGAGUACGAGGAGGAGUGGAGCAACUGGGCUCCCUGCAGCGUCACCUGUGGACAUGGCACCCAGAAACGCACCCGCUCCUGCGGCUACGCAUGCACAGCGACUGAGUCACGCACAUGUGACUUGGAGAGUUGUGUCGACAUUGCGAUUUCAGCGACUGAACUGACACCCAUCGAGACAACCAACAGCACAGACUCCCUGGACACAAAUGUCGACAGCUGUGAAAAGUGGCUAAGCUGCAAGAAUGACUUCCUCCAGAAGUACCUGCACCAAGUGCUCACAGAGCUCCCCAGCUGCCCCUGCUCCUACCCCUCUGAGGCUGUUUACAGUGCCGUCAACAUCCAGGAUGGCAAACUUCGCAAGACCUACCGUUGGAGGGAUGCAAGCGGACCCAAAGAACGCCUGGACAUCUACAAACCUUCAGCCAGAUUCUGCAUCCGCUCAAUGCUGUCGUAUGACAGCACAACGUUAGCAGCACAGCACUGCUGCUACGAUGAUCAGAUGAGACUGAUAACUCGAGGGAAAGGAGCAGGAGCGCCAGAUUUGAUCAGUACAGAGUUCUCACCAGAACUGCAUUACAAGGUGGAUGUACUUCCUUGGAUCCUGUGCAAGGGGGACUGGAGUCGGUUUCACUCAGUAAGGCCACCGAAUAAUGGGCUGGACUGUGCAGAUAACCCCUCUGAACAAGUGUUUCAGAUGGAAUUUAAAGAGGCCAGGGAGUACUGAUACUGUGGGGUUGUGGAAUCACAACAAGAAGGGAGGAGACAUACAUGUGGUUGGUAGUUAAAAUCACAAUUUCUCUUGUCCAUCGACUCCAUCCUGCACAAGCACAGAAGAACUGAACUGUAAUGUUAAUUCACCGUUUCUGUGGUCCAUAUGCCAUGUGUGAACUCCUGCCAGCUGAAGUACUUUGGUGCAUCAGUUGACACUUGGGUAACUUUGUUUUAUAAAAAAGGGACACAACUUUCAAAUCAUGAAAAUAUGAAUGGAAGACAUGGACAACCAAUAAUGGUGAAGCUUUUUUAUACUCAUAUAUAGACUAUUGUAGAUUUACUGACUGAUGUAGACUGAAUGAAAUAACACUGGUGUUGGACAAUAAAAAUCAGUGCUGAAGUGUUGUAGAGUAUGUUCUAUUAGGACCCUUAUCAGCUAAUCCCUGUUUCUGUAUGUUGCUGCUACUCUGUUAGGAUGUGCUGAACUGACGUGUGUGUGUGUGUGUGUGUGUGUGUGUGUGUGUUGACAGAGGGUGAGCUUAUUUAUUGGCCCUUGAACUAUUUUUUAAUCAGACCUAGUGUCCCACGAAAGGAAUUCCUGUAGAGCUGCUAAACAGGGAAUAAAGUCAAAUUGACCUUUGGACUAUA